AUGCGCUUUUAGACCCCGGAACGAGAAGAACAAAUUCAGUGGCGGGAUGUUUAGUUGUUGAUGUGACACACAUUUAGUUGUAAAAUGUGCGAGAAGAGCAAAAUCGUGAGCCAGUGGCUCAGGAAGGUGUUCGGGCAGCAGCCGGUGCCGGAGUUUGAAGUGAACACACGCACAGUGGAGAUUCUGUAUGAGCUGGCCGAGAGCAGUGAGAUGAGAUGCAGAGAGACUGAGCUGCUCAUCAAAGACCACGAGCAGAAAACAGAAGAGUACGCCAGUGAUGGAACUCAUCUCCAAGAAGUGCUUCUCCAGGCAGUAGGACUUCAGGCUGGAGGACUUUCCAAACCCACAGUGGACCUGCUGUCGGCACUCGAGGGAACCGCUGAGGUGCUUAAACUCAGAGACACAUCACUUGGGAGCUAUAUGCCUGCAAUCAAUAAACUGACCAAUGACGUGCUGGAGGCAGAGAAAACGGACCGGAGGUUGCAGCGGGAACUUACUGCUGUUAGAACGAAAAUGACUGCUGCAGUUGUUCUUCGGAAAAAACUUCAGGAUGAUCUGAUGAAGAUCACACACACACAGCAGGUGGAAGCAGCGACUGCGGAGGAGAGGCUUCUCAACAUGGACUUCAUGAAGAACAAAUCCAGAGAUCUCGCGUGCAGGAAUAAGAUUGCGCAGGAAAAGCUGGAGUCACGGCAGAUGGAGGAUUCUCUUACCCAUCAGGCCAUCCUGCAGUUAUCAGAGAAAAUCGCAGCUCUGAAAGACGAAUCACUACCUUUGAAGAAGAAACUAGAGCCGUAUAGUGACUUGAGCCCUAGUCCAGCUCUUGCACGGGUGAAAAUCGAGGAGGCAAAACGAGAGCUGGCUGCCCUGGAUGCCCAGCUGGAGCAGAAAGUGGACUUCAUGAACGCUUUAUUUUAAUAAUUUAAAAUAUCUAAUAAAAAGCGUGUUAAUAAAUGAAACAAAUGUGAUUUCUAAACUUGUGCCGCUUGUAAUAAACGCAAUUCGUCUCCGA